UACUGCUUGUCAGGUCAUGCAUCGGCGCCAUGUUCAGUGGUUCAACAUCGGCAAAUAACCGUCAUGCUAGAUUGCAGCUUGAGCAUGGUUCCAGCGCUGCACUUUUUACCUGUUCCCGUAGUUACAAGUGAAAGAUUAUCAAGCUGCAGAAAUUGGAACAAUCAGUUUAUGAAGAGCAAGGUUAUUAAAGAUAUUAAUGGUAUACCGUUUAUCGAUAGUAUGCCGGAAUUUCGUUUACCGGAGAUGGGUUUCUUGGAUCUCUUAAAUCUUGAUGCAAUAUUGAUAUCGAACUUUUAUUGUAUGUUGGCUUUACCAUACAUUACUGAGCGAUGCGAAUUUCACGGGAAAAUCUAUGCGACUGAGCCAACAUUGCAAAUGGGAAAAUUGUUAAUGGAAGAAUUGGUAUUUUAUAACGAACGUGUUUCGAAAUCUAAUUCUAUUAAUGAAUGGAAACAACCUGACAUUAUUAGAUUUCUUCCAUCGCCUCUAAAUCAGUUUGGAGAUAUCGCUGCGUGGAAAUCGAUAUAUACCAUUAAAGAAGUUGAAGCUUGUUUGUCUAAAGUUCAAGCUGUCCGACAUCUUGAGAAAUUAGACUUAUUUGGAGCAUUUAAUGUUACCGCUUUAAGCUCUGGAUUUUGUUUGGGAAGUAGCAAUUGGAUAUUAGAAUCUCCAUAUGAAAAAAUCAGUUACCUAUCUUGCUCAUCUAUCUUUAGUACACACCCUAUGCCCUUAGAUCAAGAAGCUUUGAAGAAAAGUGAUAUUGUUAUUUUAACUGGUUUAAGUCAAGUGCCAUAUGCAAAUCCCGAUCAACUUGUAACGGAACUAUGCAACAAUUUGGCUUUUACCCUAAAAAAUGGUGGGAACGUUUUGAUUCCAAGUUAUCCAACGGGAAUUAUUUACGACUUACUAGAAUGCUUGUGCACGUUCAUGGAUCAAUCAGGUCUCGGGAAUAUACCAAUUUAUUUUAUUUCCCCUGUAGCUGAUAGUUCUUUGGCUUUCUCCAAUAUUUAUGGGGAAUGGCUUUGCAACACGAAGCAAGAUAAAGUCUAUUUACCUGAGCCACCUUUCAUCCACGCCGAUUUGGUCAAGACGAAAAGGUUGCAACAUUUCCCUAAUUUACAAGAUGGCUUUGGAGAUGUGUUUAGUCAGCCAUGUGUCGUUUUUGCUGGACAUCCUUGCUUACGGAUUGGUGACGCUGUUCAUUUUAUGGAAAUGUGGAGAAACGACGAAAAAAGUUCUGUGAUUUUUAUAGAACCGGAUUUCCCUUACGAAGACGCCCUAGCACCGUUUCAACCACUUAGUAUGAAAGCAUUUUACUGUCCCAUCGAUCAUCGGUUAAAUUUUAAUCAGGUCAACAAGUUACUUCAAGAUAUAAAGCCACAACGUUUAGUUUUACCUGAGAGCUAUGUCAGGCCUUAUGACGCAUUUGGUCGUCGAAUUGAACAUUACGUUAACGCGAGUGUUCCUACCCACCCGUAUAAUAAAGGUGAUGUUUUAGCUUUGCCGUUAAAAAGACAGUAUGAAAAAGUUGUCAUUAGUAAUGAGUUAGCAAGCCAGCUGCAUUUAUCAGAAGUAAACAAUUCAACUUUAAUUGCUUCCGUGAGAGGAUCAUUGCAUGUGUGUGACAAUAAGCACACCCUUGAAGUGAAUGAUAGGUAA